CUGCAGCGGAGCGUCCCCUCCCCCCACCCGUUGGGUUCCUCGGCGGCUACUGCAGAGGAUUCGGAGCCGAGUAGCUGAGGAGAAGAAGGAGGAGGAGAAGGAGGAGGAGGAGGAGGAGGCUCCCGUGCCCGCGCGCCAUCCGCCACGCUACUGGACACGGACGAAGGACUGAGGGAGCGCGUCGCCGCUUUGGAGCAGCCUCCGGAGGAGACAAGGGCACCGCCGCCGCCGAGGGUUUUCGCCUGCAGCAGCUCGCCGGAUCCUCAGUCUUCCACUAUGAACCCUGUUUACAGCCCCGUGCAGCCUGGGGCUCCUUAUGGCAACCCUAAGAACAUGGCCUACACGGGUUACCCCACAGCCUACCCGGCAGCAGCCCCUGCCUACAAUCCUAGCCUGUACCCAACCAAUAGCCCCAGUUAUGCUCCAGAGUUUCAGUUCCUGCAUUCAGCUUAUGGAUACCAUGACGCCACUCUGCUGAUGAAACAGGCCUGGCCACAGAACUCAUCUUCCUGUGGCACUGAAGGCACCUUCCACCUCCCAGUGGACACCGGAACCGAGAACCGAACUUACCAAGCAUCCUCUGCAGCUUUCAGAUAUACUGCAGGGACACCGUACAAGGUCCCCCCGACCCAGAGUAAUAGUGCUCCGCCCCCCUACUCCCCAUCACCCAACCCCUAUCAGACGGCCAUGUAUCCAAUCAGAAGUGCCUACCCCCAGCAGAAUCUGUAUGCCCAGGGAGCCUACUACACGCAGCCGGUGUAUGCCGCCCAGCCCCACGUCAUCCACCACACCACAGUUGUCCAGCCCAACAGCAUUCCCUCUGCCAUCUACCCGGCACCUGUUGCUGCUCCCAGGACCAACGGUGUGGCCAUGGGCAUGGUGGCAGGCACCACCAUGGCAAUGUCAGCAGGUACCUUGCUGACUACACCUCAGCACACUGCAAUUGGGGCGCACCCUGUCUCCAUGCCCACAUAUAGGGCCCAAGGAACCCCUGCGUACAGCUAUGUGCCCCCGCACUGGUAAAGCCUGCAGCCCAUCCAAAUCUGGAGUCACAUUGUAUGCAACUACUCAAGUCUUACACCGGUGCUGGAGCCGUCCCUAGCAGCAGCACCACCUCCAUGUGCAAGAAGAGACAACGGAAGUGCAAGGGUCACUUUAUGCAUCUUUAAUGGUUUUUAUUUUUAUUUUUGGUUUUUGUAAAAGCUGCUUUUUCUAAUCUCUUAGGAGCCUCUCCCCCCACCCAUUCCCUUCUUAGCCACUGCCCUUCCAAUGCUAACCACCUUCCUAACUGACCAGGCCAUGUCCUUUCUACACUUCUGUCCUGCCCUAAGCAUCCUGACCCUGGGCUCCCAGUCUAGUGGCAAGCAGAGUGGAGUUUAUUGCAGUGGUUCAUCGGAAGCUUGAUAACACUGAAAGAGCAUGAAGAACGUGGCCCUCAGGUACAGGGCAGGAGCAUGGAGCUGUUGAGUAGGCCACAUUUCUGGGAGAUUGUCCAUUUUCUGGUUUUUUUUUUAAGAUUGGUUCGGAACACUAUCGUGUUCUAUCUUCUGAGAACCAUAGCAACAGACAAAGAACAAAACUGCUGGAUUAUGUAAAAGUGUUAGCAGCUUCCUACCCCAGGCUGAGAACCUGGGGAAACCAGAGUUGGAGGAUGGGGAGGGGGGAACUAUGGGGAAGGAGUGGAAGAAGGGGCCAGAGGUGUUUGGCUUUGGUUUGAAAGGUCUCUGGCCGUGCUAUAUGGGCCUGGACCUUCUGAUUUGCACAGUAAUGUUAAAUGACCUAGCACUUCCUCAAAACAUGAUUUUGACCUCAGACCUGCCAAGCAGCUGCAGGGUGGUGGGACCCCAGUGUCCCAAGGCUUGGGAAGGCUAGGUGCCCUGCAUAAUCCAGUCCUCCGCCUCUAAGCCUUGUGGACCCACUCUGAUGAGGAGCUUCCUCCUGAUUGCAGUGGAAACCGGUGUCAUUUCUCCCCCUUGCCCUUCUGCCCUUCCUACGCCAGGGCUCACCUGUCUGUCACGCCGGCAGGCAGACAAGCUCUUGGUUACCUUGUGCCCUCCAUGGCCACAGUGAAGGAGCCCCAUUCCAGGUGGGUGCUGGUGGUUCUGAAGGUCAGGACAGUGCAGGAAAAGCAAUAGCAAUAAUCAUUUCAUACUCAUGGAACUGAAGGGACCUUAGCAACCAUCUCAUCCAUUCCCUUAUUUGACAGAUGAGGAAACUGAGGCCCAGAGAAGAUGAAAGAACUUCCCUGAACCUCACAGUAAAUUAGCAUUAAAUGCAGCCUUCCUACCUAGUGUCAUUUUGCUUACAGUAAUUCAGCUAGGAAUGGAUUAGCUUGGUUUUGUAAAAAUUAAGUCAGCAGUGCCCACACCUGGUGAGCUCUGGAAUGACCUCUGGGCUCAUUUCUGCUAUUUUCUCUCCUGGAUGGACUCCAAAACAGUGGGGAUUAAAGACUGAGCAGAGGACACAUGGGGGCAGAUGGCAGGAACAGAGAUUGCACAUGAAGAAAUGGCAUUUGAAAAUUCUGUGAAGACAUCUGGAACUUUCAUCCUGACCCUGACCCCACCCCUAGAAAAAGGAGAAGGUGGGCUGGCUGAAAAGGAGAGGCUAUGCUUUUAGGACAUUAGCCCUUCAUCCUAAGAAGAGAGGAAGAGUUGGAGCCAUCGGGAGAGGAAUCCGAGGAUGAGGCCUAGCAGAUAUGAGCUUCUCUGGGAAAGGAGGGCCCCUUGGGUGAGGAGGCCCCUGCAGAUCUCAGGCUGGAGCCUGGAUUGCCCAGCACCCCUUUCUGUACCUAGCACUUAGCUGAGCCUGGCAACCCCUCUGAAGUGGAGUAGAAACAUUUGAUUGUACAAAGUGGGAUCAUUGGCAACAUUUUGGACUUUAAGUAGCUAUUUUCAUUUUAAUUCAUGUGACCUUGGACAUCCCUUUCCUAUUUCCCAUGUCCCCCUAAAGGAGGAAACCCAGGGGCUAGAAGGAGCUCAGAAGCUAUUUGUUUGGCUGCAGGACCAGUAAGAGAAGACUCAGCUAUUCUGAGUGGCCUGUUCUGGGUUGCUGACAAAAGGUUUCACUUUUUAAAAAAAACAACACACACACAAAAACAAAGAGUUUUCCAGUGUUAAUCCACUUUUUGCAAUACCUCCUCUCACCUUUGGUUUUGUAGAGGUGGAAAAAGAACGUUAUAGAUUAUGUCAUAUGUGUUUGAAAAAUGCCAAAAUAAUGAUGAUGAUGAUGAUGAUAGGAAUAUCUUUGCGCUUGUCAGGUGCUUCAUGGAUUUCAAGCACUUCACAGCCUUUAAUCACUGACCUUGAGAGUGACAGGAUCACUUACUCUAUUCCCUUGACAAAUGAGGAAACAGAUCUAGAAGGAAAAGAAAUGGCCCAAAAUGAGCUAAAUGCUGGAAUCCUGACAGGCUUCCCAAACCCUGCUGCAUCUAGGUGGUUGGGUGGAGAGAAAAAGGAGACCUAGGGAUGGUCUUGUAGCUUUUGUUCUUUCCAUCCCAGUAAGCAGAAACUGUGUCUUGUCUCUUACCUUCCUGCUCAUGUCUAACCCUGAGAGAUGGACAUCCUGCUUACUAUUGGAUUCUUAAGGAAACCAAGACUCAGGAAAGCAAAGGGACUUGCUAAUAAGCUAAGAAUCACUUGAAUCCCAGCUGGCUCCUGCUCCUCUUCUCCAGCCUGACUCCCCAUGCAGGUUUAUGUUCCAAAGCAUCUUUGCUCUGCACUCUGUCUUAGCCCUAGUGUGUGUUAAAGAUCAAAGGAGACCCUAAGUUGAAAAAAUGUUGAAAUGCUGAUUGUAGUCUAGAGUCACAACUAGUGUCCCCUUUAUUUUUAGUAUAAGUACCAUACCCCAGUUCACCUGGCCUCACCCUCUUGUUGGCAAUCUGCAAGCCUGGCCAAGCUUGGGGAAUAAUGGCAAAGGUAUUGAGCCACAGAGCUCGGGUGGGGUGAGGGGGGUGCCUGGGGUAGGGUGAGCACAGCUGCUGGCCAAGGUGUUCUUGGUGUUACCCAAAGAUUCGGAUAGCCCAGUGGUCAAGCUGAACAGAGGUUAGAGAUGAAAGGGUGUCUCAUCUUAGGGCUGGGUGUGUACAUGAGAUUUCACAAGCUGCCACAUUGGCACCGGCACACGUUACCUUUCUCCUUUCUCCUUUCCAUGCUACUGCCUCUGCCCAGCUCAGCACCUCAUCACAGGGCCACGGGUAAUGUGCUUCCAUUUACCAGCCAACACUCAGCUCCCCCCGGCCCACCUAACUCCUCCUCAGCCUGGAGCCAGGGAGUUAAGUGUGGAAACUAGACCACUCCAGCUAGCGAAAUCCUGAAACAAUCUUUUAGCACAUUUUGGGAACCAAAAAGUCUUUUGUUUUGUGUUUUUCUUCCCGUAAGAUAGGAGUCACCACUCCUCCUCCUCCUGGCAGUGACCCUGAAGUGAACACCCAGCAGGGCACACAGACCUGUCCAGACCUCUUUUGACAUUGAUUGCCAAAUUUCCUAUUUUAUAGAUGGAAAACAAAAGUAAAACCUAGUUCUCAGAAGGGUCAAAGACAUACACUUGCCAAAGGACACAGCUCGUAAGUCAGAGCUGAGAUUUGAACUUUCAGAUCCUUUGUCUUUCUGCUGCCACCUGCUGCUCUCCGAGUGGCAGGUAUGAAGAACAGAAGUGCUACACCUGCCCCAAGCAGAAGAGUUUAUGGAGCCCUGGGAAGCUCGGUUUUCUCAGCUAGCAUGUUUGUGUGACCUGUGAUGGGCCUUGGGACACACAAGCAGAUUCAGCUGGCAACACAGAAUAAGAAAUUUCCACACAAAACCUAGUAUUUUCAAACAAAACACAUUGAGGUGCCACUGCCCCAUACUAAAGAUGUUCAGGACACACCAAGCAUCUUUCUAUGAAAGACCCGCAUCUCUGGGAAGCCUGACUGUGACCCAGAUCCAGAUCCUUCAGAGUAUUGGCAUGGCUGCGAGUGGCCCGAAGCACCAUCAGCUGCGGUCCCUGGGCAUGCCUUUUCACAAUGAGAACCAGGCUCUGAGGGGCGCUAACACUAGGCUCCACCAACCUGGUUCUUUGCCCUGGCCAUCCACAUGGUGCCAGUGCUGAGCCGGCUGUCCCCAGAGAUGCAGGGUGCUGCUUUGAAAGGCUGGUUGCUCUGCUCAGUGGCCUUCAGAAAUGAGUUGUGUGAAGCAUGAACAUGGGGCAAGCCCCUUGGUUAGCAAGCUUUCACAUCCUUAUUGUGCAGACAGGGUAAAUCGAGUGAGGCUCUGGUUGAGCUAGGCCUAACGUCCUGCAUGUCACAGGUCCUUGCGAGGGGGGCCAGGUCUUCAUAGCUUUCUGGCUAGGUCAGUCAUUUUUGCCAUGCAUGACCCUUGUUCAGGAAAGUGAAUGUGCAAGCUCUGCUUUUCCAUCCUGAUAGCACAUUACCAGUGGUGGUUUGGGCCCCAGCAUCUUGUUAAGUGUGGGAGUCCAGAGGAGAGCAGCCAAAGAGAGGAGUGGCCUAGGGAAGCUAGCUUCUUGCUGUCCAGGCUCCACCCACCUUUGAAAGCAGUAUCAGUGGAAGAAACCUGGUCCUGCUGACUGUUCAGCAACUCUUGAGCCUCCUAGUGAGCAUGCCAGUCAGGCAGCAAGGCUUGUCCAAUACGCAACCAUGUCUCUCUCCCUCGAAAAAUGCUUCUGAAGUUUAGCAUUAACGUUCCAGGACCCAACCUUCAAAAUUCCUGGCCAGCCAGCUUGAGCACUCCAUGGCCAGCACUGCCUAAGCCAGCCUUGGGUACCGUCCCUUCAUCUUCUCCAGUGUGUGUGCUUCUUGUCUUGCAUGCUGUUGAGUUAAAUACAGUCCUCGCAAAGAACCCAGGAGUUGAAACUGGCUGCCGCAGAGCUGAGGGAAACCAUAGCAACCAUAGCACCCACUUCAUCUACAACCCCCAGGUACUCUGGCUACAGCAGUGAGCCCUUCGUUCACUUCAGCCUUGGGAGAGGGAAACAUUCAUUCCUGAAGAAGACUAACAAAUCAGCUUUGCAGAUCAAUUUCAGCCUACAGAGUGAAAUCAGCUUUGGGCUGGACCCCAGCAACACUUACCAUCCUCCAGGCUCCAUCCAGCCUUCCUCCCUCAUGCCUAAGAGUCAUCUAGAGAUUAGAGUUGAGAGAGGAGCUGGCUCAGAGACCUCAUACUGGCCAGAUCUGUUGUGUUGUGACUCAUGCUCCUCCCUGGGGAAGUACAGGCAGCAGUGUAGCCUCUAGCACCUUGAGUUGUCUUUGAUCUUUGAAGGCCCAGGGCCUGUCCCCUUCCUGUCUUCAAGGCAUUGCAUCCCCCUUUCAUGUCACAUGACAGAGAAGCCUGUUCUCAUGGCAUGUAACAUCCCUGUGAAGAGAGCAUUGUAUGAUUUUGUAUUUUUUAAUUCAUUUUAAUCUACAGGUUGGAAUCUAAUUUUUAAAUUUUAUUGGAACUCACAUUUUAAAAAUAAAUAAAAACAUUUAAAAAUAA